AUGCUGGAGAAGGAACCGGAUUCGAUGGCCGUUACGAUGAAGCAGGAUUACGCCGCAAGUGAAGUGUACAGCACCACUAGUGAAGCUCCACCCGCCUACAAAGUGCGCCAGGCCAAUUCGGUGAAGAUCGCCAAGAUCAUCGCCAUCACCGUGGUGCUAUCGUCCUUCAUUCUGGGAUCGUUCAUCCUGGCCUCGUCCUAUUUGCAGGCCAAGCAGUCUUGCGACCAAAUGCAGGCCCUCGAUGCAGUCCUAAACAAGGAGCUAAUGCUGGAGGCGAUGCAGCAGGAACUACCGAAGGCGCAGGCUUUGAUGCAGGACAACCUCUCGGCCGACGAAUCCAACCUCCAGACGAUCGAUCGGGACGACGCCAAGAAGCACAAGCAGGAGGAGUCCCACAAGCAGCACAAGGAAGAUUCGGAUGAGUCGAGCGAUUCCGAGGAUGAAGACGAUUCGUCGAACGAUGGCGAGAGCGACGAGUCGGUCGACAUGAACAAUCGUAUCCACGUUAAGUUACCGCUGGAUCUGCAUCUGACCGACCUGGCAAACGCCAUCCUACGGGAGAACCAGAAAUCCCGCAUGAACUGCAUCGUCGAGCGACGCCGUUCGGAGGAAAUGGUUGAUUCUCCCGCCAAAAUGAUGCGCCUUCCGUUCGGAAUGGAUAUGGCCACCGAUCCCAAGCAGCAGAAGGUCACCGGCGAGCGCAUUGCCAUUUUCUGCGAAUCUGGAAACGAGCUGAAGAAUGAAGAGGCUGAACCCGUCCGUCAGGUGUUGAUUCCGAUUCCGCCAGUGCGUGCCUUCGGUCCAAUCACUCAUCUGCCCCAGCAGAUGGGCCCAGCGCCCCAGACGAUCAUUCGUCAGAUGCCGCAAACGUUCUUCCGUAUGCCCUUCAUGAACCCUCACAAUCAGCCUCAGCCCCACCAGCAGCCCCAGCAGCUGCCACAGCAGCUUCCUCCGAUUCCAGCCCAGAUGAUGCAGGCACCGCACCCGGACGCACCAAUGGGACGCCCGAACUUCCAUCCAUUCCUCCGGCAGCUGCCUCAGAUCAUUGCCGCCCAGAUGCACCAGCAAUCUCCCCCGCAGCCCCAGCCAGAAAUGCCGCCACGCACUGAGGUCCGCAUCCACCUGCAGCGUAUCCCAAUCCCGGAGAUCAUGCGCCCCUUCCUGCCGCCACAGAUCAUGCGCAGCCAGCCGGAACCGGAGCAGCCGCAGCAACAGCUACCCCAGCAGCCGCAGCAACCCCAGCCACCGCAACCGCAGGAGGUACAGAUCCGUGAGAUGCCACUCGAUAUGGCCAUGCAGAAGUUCGGCAUGCCCUCGUCGGACGAGAUGAACGUUGCCGACUUUGCCGCGCAGAAGUUCACCGAGCAGCUGCGUUCGCUCAUUGCCCGUAUCGCCGAGUCGGAGGAAAGCGAAGAGGAAACCGAUUCGUAUCGUAACGCCCCGAAUCAGGAAGGUCCCUCGCCGCACUCGGAUGAGCGCGAACUCCAGGAGCAGCAGCCACCACGUCCCACCGAACCGGAAACGGCGCACCAGGAGGACCAAGAACAGCAGCAGCUCCCAUCGCAGCAACCACAGCAGCAACAGCCACAUCAGCCGGAAUCACAGGAAAUGAUCCCGAUGGGACGUAUCCAUUACGGUCGCAGCCUACUGACUCCGAUCAACCUUCCUGGCAAGGUCGUGGAAACGGCUCCCUCUGAGGAGGAUGCUGUCCGCCCGCAUUAUGUCCAACCACGAUCGGUUUAGAUCAGUACAAACUGGGCGGACGGAAGUUCCUGUCCGCAACGCCCUAUGGGCUUGUUUUCUUCUUCUUCUUCUUUUGUUUCUGUGCUCACCAGCCGCCUGCAAACAAAUAAAAAAGAAUACAUGUGAUUUUAAUACAGAACUACCACACGAAUACAAAACAUAACUACACCAAUAAUGGACACUGUUGGACCCUCUUCUGCAGGAAUCUGGCUUCAAUGGGUAGGCGGGCUUACAUUCUGUGAGCCAGGAAGAUAGGUAAAGUCUGGCAAAAUGAACGAAUCUCAAUAGCGUAGGCGAACAACAGCCAGGAAAGCGUAGAUGGCAUGUAAAUAUACAUUGGAUUGGAGUGACUAUGCAUAGCAGAUGGUAUGUUGUAGCAGUUGACACAAUUCCCACUGGUACCAAAUCACCAGGCAUGGGAAGGGUAACGACGGGAUUGUUUUAAUACAACCACAAACAGCUGUGCACACCAUAUCGAAAGGUUUCCUACGCUAAGUGAUAAGGAAGAGACGAAGUGAAAGAGAAAAGGGGUUAAAGUACACAUAUUUGGUCCAUGUGUAAUUGAAAGAUUUUACAGCAACAGAAAGACGAGGAAAGCGAUGCGAUACCUUCUCCACCAAUAAGUGCAACUGAAAGAAGAACAGCAUUUUUUACAAUAAAAUUUGUAACUAUCUGGACACACCGACAUCCUGGAAAAUACCGCCGAGUGCACACUUUUCCUAUUUCAUCCCUUGUUUUUUAAUAAGGUGUUUCAUUGUAGGAGAACAUUAGGUUUGUCGCCGAAUGUUAACGAUCGCUUCCUGUUUUUAAAGGGCAAAUUGUCUAAAAUGUAUGUGCAAAGCUGAUAAUAAAUCAAUAAUAAUUUUAAUUGAUC